AUGGCUCGAAAUCCCCGUUCUACUGCCCGGAGAUCUUCCGGGGUCACUGAUGCUUCUUCUCCUUCCACUGUUUCAUCCCUUCCUCCCAGUGGUCGUGGUCGUGGUCGUGGUCGUGGCCGUGCUGCUCGUGCUGCUCGUGCAGCCCGCCCUACCCGAGGCGGUCGGUCAUCUACCUCUGCCAAAAAGCCUUCGUCAUCAAAUUCCGCUUCAUUUACCUCUUCCAUUGAUCCAGCUACUCCAAAUUCUACCUCUCCGUCAGCAAAAGCUGCCGAUGCUCCCACUCCCACAGCUACCGGUGACGGUACUCCUACUUCAGUUGCUGCUUCUCUUUCUGCUUUCCCUUCUCUCGCAACCGAAACUGCUCCACCCUUCACUCCUUCUACAAUAACCGAUGCCGCUUCCGUCUCAUCCUCUUCUUCACUCGCUUCUCUAUCAUCCCUUUUAGCUGGGCCAUCUCGAGCGUCUCAUCGUGCCUCUCCCAAGAUCCCUCGAAGCGUUCGUUCGGCCUUAAAACGGUCUAAGAACCAUGCAUCUGGAACGCGAGUCUCAAAAAAAGUACGUUUUAUCAGUAAGGCCACAGCAGAGUUUUCUCCGGCCAGGUUCAGUGAGGACAACGACGGUCCAGAGAUUGAACACCGCUCUAAGCCCGACGGAUUUCGCUACAGAGAAGUACAAAGUGCCACAGGGUACCAGCAGGAAGGAACAAGACGCCUCGUAUUUAACUAUGAGUCAGAGGUCACCGGAAACCAGGGAGCCCUACAUCAUCAGGCACUCUUCAAAGUCGGACUUGGUGGAGGCCGCGUCAAGCCAGGGAAAGGAACGUUGGCAAAGAGGACCCAGGUCGUCCUGUACAUGAAGGAGGACUUGAACUUGCAGGGCAUUCCUCAAAGCUUGGGGAUGGUCUUCCACAAGGUUGCAGCAGACAAGUUUAUGCCUGUCAUCACCGUCGAGGGAGAUUCCGCUGCUAUCAGCGCCCCAAUUCCUUCUGCUGGCAAGAGAUUCGAUCCGGAAGACCCGGAUGCGUAG